CUAAUACUGACCCCUGGGGGACACCACAGGCAAUCCCCAUAUUUUCAGAAGUGACAUCAUCCAUUUUCACAAAUUGUUGUCUCUUAGAUAAAUAAUUGGUGAUCCAGUCCAGUGCUAUUCCCCUAAUGCCGUACUGUUGAAGCUUAUUUGUGAGAAUUGAAUGAUUUAUUGUAUCAAAAGCUUUCCUAAAAUCUGUAAAUACUCCAAUAGCAUAGAACCUUUAUCUAAUGUAUUAAUUAUUUCAUCCGUUGCUUCCAUUAUUGCAAGUGCUGUUGUCCUCUUUUCUCUGAAUCCGUACUGACUAUGGUUUAGUAUUUCGUGUUUAUUUAAAAAGUUUUCUAGUCUGAUAUAAAAUAGUUUUUCCAGGAUUUUUGAAAAUUGAGGAAGAAGUGUUACUGGCCUGGAGUUAAGUAGAUGUUUAUUCCCUUGCUUAAAAUUGGUAUUACUUUAGCUACUUUCAUUUUCUGAGGAAAUAAACCUGUUUGGAAGGAUAAGUUAAAUAUAUACGUUAAUGGUUUUAGAAUACCAUCAAUAACUCUUUUAACCAACACCAUAUCAAUACCGUCAUGAUCAGUGGAGACUUUGUUGUUGCAUUUAUCAACAACUGAUUGAACUUCCAACUCAUCCACUGCUGAGAGGAAGAUUGAGUCGGGGUAGUUUGUUUUUAUCAAUGGUUCACUUAUUGUCUGUCUUUUGGCUUGGUAUAUUUGCUGCUAGCUCUGGGCCUACAUUCACAAAAUAUUCAUUAAUUCUAUUAACUACUUUUAUUUUAUCAUAAAUAUCACUUUGAUUAUCAGUAAAGUAUUCAGGGUAUAGUAUUUUCUUUGUCCCACCAUUCCUUAAUUUGUUUAGUAUAUCCCAGACACCUUUUACCUUUUAAGUUAUUCUUAUUUUCAUUUAGGAUUUUUCUGUAAUAUAUCUUUUUACUAGUUCUUAUUAUUUCAGUGAAUUUAUUUUUGUAAACUUUAUAUCUGAUUUCAGCUUCCUUAGUUCGUAGUUUAAUAAAAUUCCUAUAAAGACCAUUUUUCUUUUUACAAGCGUUUUGUAAUCCUGUAGUUAGCCAUGGGAGAUUUUUAUACUUAUGACUUCUAUUAAUGACCUUGACUGGACAAUGCUCAUUGUAAAGUGUCUUAAAUAUGUCAAUAAAUGUACUAUAUGCCAUGUCACCGUCAUCUUCCCUAUAGACUACAUCCCAGUCUUGGGACAUCAGUUCCUCUUUAAAUGCAGCAAUUAAAUCGUCUGUUCGUAAUCUCUGAUGGAUCUCUUUCCCUGAUUUCCUUUGACACCUACUUUCUUUAAUUACAUUGCUGAUAUAACUAAUAUACAAAUAUAGGUAAGUGGUCACUAAUAUCUUUUGUUAGAAUGCCACCUGCCAUAAUUUUUUCAACACAAUUUGUAAAAAUGUUGUCAGUCAAGGUUGCACGUUAUGUCGUAAUUCUCGUUGGUCGUGUGAUCUUCAGGAACAGGGAUAGACUACACAUCACGUCUAAGAAAUCUUCAGGAUGUUUAUGCAGUUUUGACUUCAUGAGGUCGAUGUUAAAGUCCCCACAGAUGAAAAUAUCCUUUUGGCCGAUGUUUGUGUACAUUUUCUCUAUGCAGGUUUUAAACGUACCCAUAUCCGAUCCUGGGGCUCUGUAUAUACAGCUAACUAGUAUAUUCACUCCAUUUUCCAUUAUUAUCUCAAUUGUUAAACUUUCCAUGACUUUGUCUAGUGUCAUUGUCAUUUCUGGUAACAUUUUACUACUUAAAUUCCUGUCAACAUACAGAGCUCCUCCUCCUCCUUUUUUACACUUUCUGUCUGAAUGUACGUCUCAUAUCCAUCUAAAUCAACAUCUGAGUCUUUUUCAUCAUUGAUCCAUGUCUCUGAUAUGAAUAUAAUCCUAAAAGGAGUUUUAAACUGAUUUAGAAAAGCCUUUAUGCUCUCAACGUUUGCAUAGAGACUUCUACUAUUAAUGUGGAUUAUUGAUAAAGAUCGAUCUGUCUUCAUUUGUUCGUUUAGCUGUAGUUCCCUAUAAUAAAAACUCACUGUUUACAUGACUAAAGUAAUUAAUGUCAGGGUCUAUGUCAUCUAAAUUAUUUUGUUGUUGACAAAUGUUUCCAGUUCUGUUUGAUUCAGCGUGUUCAUAAUCCAGUCCUCAUCUUCAGAUGAAAGAUAUAUAUCAAAUAUUCAUGAGAUGUACAGUCGAUAUGCAUCCAAGAAUAAAUAACAAAAACACAAAAAAGAAGUAACCAGGAUGUAAUGAGUAACUGUUUGGUUUGAGAAUUUUAUCAUUUAAGCUUCCCUAGCUCCUCAGUGUCUCUUAUCAGUUGCACUUUAGCAUCUUCUGGCGCUCCGAGCAGUUUUAUCCACACGUUGCCAUUCCUUGUCCAUGUGGACUGUAUUCUCCCGUUUCCUGGGAGCCCUUGCUUGCCUUGCUAUUCCAGAAUGUUUCUUUGUCGAGUGUUCGUUUAUGUACACGGCUGAUCCUCUAAGUGUUUUUGUUUGUUGUAAUAAGUCAAGUUUUGACUUUCUGUUCAUGAACCUGAUAACAAUAGCCUGUUUGCAUUUUUAUCUUUCUCAGGCAGCACAUGACAGGCAGAGAGAUCCUUACCAUCGACAUGAAUAUUUUACUUGGUUUUGAAGAGUAUUUGGUUCUUCAAGCGUCUCACCAGUCUGCUUCUCAGCAUUUGCUGUCACUCGAGCAUCUGAUCGGUGCCUCGUGAUACGCCCACUCACAAUUGCUCUCAACGUCUCCGGAAAAGGAGACAGCUUGUCUCCGUGGGACGGUGUCCUUGAUUUACUCGAACAGACACUCAUUCACAACCGCAGCCAACAGCUGAUCGACCAGCUGGAAGCUUCAGAAGAAGAAAGGAGUGACAUGGUGUCUGACGUCGAGUCGGUUAUCACGUUCUACUGCAAGUCUCGUAACAUCACCUUCACCCCAGAGCUCAGCUGGCCACAUGUGCUCAAACCCCUGCUGGGGCUUCGGUUACCUCGCAGCGACCUCUACAACUGCUUCUAUGCUGUCAUGAAUAAGUACAUCCCCAGGGACUGCGUGCCAAAGGGUCGACCGUUCCACCUUUAUAGACUGCUUCUGCAGUAUCAUGAGCCCGAGCUGUGCUCCUUCUUAGACACCAAGAAAAUCACCCCUGACUCGUACGCCAUCAGCUGGCUGGGCAGUUUGUUCUCCAGCCACUGCAGGCCAGAGGUCACCCAGGCCUUGUGGGACUCGUACCUUCAGCAGGGGGACCCUUUCCUUAUCUUCUUCCUCAUGCUCAUCAUCCUCGUCAAUGCCAAAGAGACCCUUCUGGGACAAGAAGGAGAGAGCAAAGAGGACAUUAUCAAAAUGCUGGAAGCAUCGCCUUCACUCCUAGAAGCUGAAGAUAUUGAGGACUUGUUUUCACUGGCCCAGUAUUACCAGAGCAAGACUCCCCUGUCGCUCAGAAAGAUGAAUCAGAAUCUGUUUGGUAGCAGCCUGGUGGCGCUUAAAGAGGAGGACACUGACUUAAGUCAAGCUCUGUGUCUUCCUGUGUCUGUUCCUGAAAUCCUGCAGGCCAAUCAGCUGCAGCAGGAUGGGGUACGGUUCUUUGUGGUAGAUUGUCGACCUGCAGAGCAGUACAACGCUGGUCACCUGUCCACAGCCUUCCACCUGGACUCUGACCUGAUGCUCCAGAACCCCUCGGAGUUUGCUCUGUCUGUCAAGUCCCUCCUGGAGACACAGAAGCAGUCCCUGGAGUCUGGAUCCAUCGCCAGCGGCGAGCACCUGUGCUUUAUGGGCAGUGGGAGAGAGGAGGAGGACAUGUACAUGAACAUGGUGCUGGCACAUUUCCUACAGAAAAACAAAGAAUAUGUGAGCAUCGCUAAAGGGGGUUUUAUGGGCCUUCAGAAGCACCUGGUGGACAUGAACGUUGAGGGCCUCGACUCUUCCUAUGUAAACUGGAUUGUCAGCACUUCUGGAUCUCACAGCCUCGGUUCUGCUGAUGGAGAGUCUCUGAGCAGCCCUGGAGAUGGCAAAGGUGUCAAGUCACUGGUCAACAAAAUGACAUUUGCUCUCAAGUCCAAGUCUGUCAACGUGAAGGAGAAGAUGAUCAGCUUCAUCGAGAACACCUCCACCCCUGUAGAACGAAUAACUUUCAAUCUGCCCUGGCCAGAGAAGGUGGUCCAAGAUCGACACGUGAGCAGCAGCGACCGAGUCGGCAAACCUUACAGAGGGGUGAAGCCCGUCUUCAGUAUUGGUGAUGAAGAGGAGUAUGACACUGAUGAGAUCGACAGCUCUUCCAUGUCGGACGAUGACAGGAAGGAGAUCGUAAACAUUCAGACCUGGAUAAGCAAGCCGGAUGUCAAACAUCACAUCCCAUGUAAUGAGGUGAAAGAGACGGGUCACAUGUUCCCCAGUCACUUGCUGAUCACAGCGACUCACAUGUACUGCCUGAGGGAGAUUGCCUCCAGGAAGGGGUUUGCCUACAUCCAGUCCAGACAAGCGCUGAGCUCUGUGGUGAAGAUCACCUCUAAAAAGAAGCACCCUGAGCUCAUCACAUUCAAAUUUGGGAGCAACAAUUCAGCUGGAGUCGAGAUUUCUGCAGUUGAGAGGUAUCUAAUACCCAACGCAGGCGACGCCACAAAGGUCAUCAAGCAGCAGAUCAUGAAAGUUCUGGACGCUCUGGAGAGUUCAUAAAUGGAGAUCAGAGUCUAGUGACGUCUCCUCCUAAUCUUCUCCUCCUCUUGCUCUCCCUGUGGGAGGUGUUCCACCUGUACAGAUCCCAGUGCAUAGUUGACUGUGACACCCCGUGUGUCUGUCUUUGGGACCUUUGGCCACACAGCCAAUCACAGACGCACGCGUUGGACAGGCUGUGUGUGUCCAAACAUCCAGGUGCUCCACUGUCAUACGCCCACUACCUUUACUAAUGUAACAUACCAGUUAUUGUGUGCGUGUUUGUAUUCUUCCUUAUUACAAGUAAACCGUGGGAUUGCACAGCAGUUUGGCUCUGAUUUCCCCCUCCGGCCUUAACGUAGCAGACGGGACUACUAGUGGAAGUACAGCGUUUCUGAAACCCGUACAUGACUGACCAUUUCUUUUGACACGAGCAUCUUCUAUCAGGCUAACCUGUUUGUUGUGAACAGUAUUGCAUUUUUCUUGAUGUAUUGCAAAGAUUUGACGUUCAUCAUUCCGAUCAAGAAGCAGGUGUGCGUCGCCUAAGCUCAGACCUGAAGAUGCGGUCCUGGCACACAGGACACUUUUCUACUAUGAACUUUUACUUUUGUUUUUGAUAGCUUUCGUUUUCAAUGGUAGCCUUAAAGAUCUAGGGUGUUUAAAAUGUAAUAAACUGUUUAAACAGAUUAUCAGCACAGACCUCUGUAAUGUCUUUAGGAAUGCAUUUAACUGAUCUGGCUUGUAAACCAGCUGAUGGUUUAGCGUGCCCCUCCCUUCUGCAGUAACACGAGCCGUUCAGUGUUCUUCCUGGCUUUUAGAAACCGUCAAAAAUGGACCUCCUCACACAGUUUGUAGCGUUCAGAAGACCUCCACAGCUCCUCUGGAAUAUAUUUGAAUCACACCGGGGGUUUGGUGGAUGUGUUCAUUAAAAGCCCGAGAAGUCGAGUAUGUGUUCCAACUUAUUUAUUUAGUUUGCUAACCGGUCAGAUUAAAUGUGCUCGACACCGUUGGCUUUGUUUAGAAAAACUAAAGAAUGUUGUAAAGAGCAUUGUGCUUUCCUUUUGAAAAGCACACAUUUGAACAGAUUGUGUAAACCCGUUUAAAGGAGAAUUUCUGUUUUCACAUAAGUCUUUAUUUUCAGCUGCUUCGGUGGAAAUUGGUCCGUUUUAGUUUGAUUGCCACUCUUGCCUUUGGCCUCAUGCCUGUGGAAUCAUCUUUGGCCCCCGCAGUGGCAACAAAUGGUAAACCGCUGCUCCUCCUCCAGAGCUCCUCACUUUGUUUUUGCAUUUUUAUCCAUUUGCGUUAAUGGUUCUACUUGUGCUGGAAGUCUGGCUGUGAAGUGUCAAACUUCUGCAUUUGGACCUUUUGGUCGUCUGAGCAUUAAUUGCUCUGUAAGGCGGGUUAAAGAAACAACAGAAGUGAAGUAUUGGAACUAGAUCUUUUCUCACUCCAGCUUUUCUGAGCAUUCCUUUGUCGCUCAUGCAUCGCGUUGUAAAUUUGUGAUAUUUUCUCAAUAUUGUUCUUGACUGGCUCAUCCUUGACUGUAAGUCUUUAUGUUACCCUGUAUAACAUUACUGGCAGAGGAUGUCAACCACUAUUUGAAAAUGCAACCGUGUAAUUUGCACCUUACUGUAUUGCUAUUAUUUUCUAAAUGUUUCUGUUUGUAAUAAAUGGAAAUUAUUGGACAGCA